CCUUGGCAGCUCCAGCAGCCAUCAUGCAGUAUUAUUAUAUAUGUUGUGUGUACAUGUACCUACUCUCUAAUAACACUCUUCACUCUGUCUCUAAAAUAGCCACAGAGUGGUGUGAAAGGACGGGAUGUGCCGUCACCCCAGGUCACAACCAGUACAAAAGCUCAGAUUCAGCACCCACACUCAGACUGGAAAAUAACUGGCCCCAGCAGAGGCGAGAGGCAGAGGUGGUCGACCAUCUGGUGAUCAAUGCCUACCUUACACUCAUUGUAAGAAAAUUCAACCAGCGCAAUGACGGUCAAGCAGCUGUUAUUGACAGCUACGCUAUGACCGCCAUCUGGAAACACAAAUUUGGAAGAAUCCGGGUUGAUCCAAUGGCACACACAGUCAUCGUGGGAAUUGUGAACGAGAACCAUCACUGGAUGUUGGUGGUAAUGUACCCCCAUGAGAAGAAAACCCUCUUCUUGGAUCCACUUGGAGAAGGGAAAGGCAAAAUGAAGGUGUGCCUACAGUCUACAAGAGCCUUUAUGAGGAUGAAAGGCUGCAAGGUGUCAAGGUGGACAUGCAGCACCCUCCCCCAUAAUCGCCAACAAGACUUAAAAUUUGCAGAGAACAUUUUACUGGGGGAGGCAAUUGAGUUUGAAAGCUCACAGAAGGCAGUGCACGAGCUGAGGCUGGACAUUGCUACUUCUCUCCUCAGAGAACCUGAUGAUCUAAGCAGGCUUUGCUUUUACUGCGGGGUGGAGGAGCAGGAUGAACAACAUUGGAUUUGCUGUGACAUUUGUCAGCGGUGGUACCACCACCAAUGUGUACAAAGGCCUCCAGUGGCUCAACCAUACUUGUGCCCUGGAUGCACAUGAUGCCCCGAAGGAACCAUCAUUAACUGUCCACUGUCAUUUCAACCAAUGCAAUUAACUAUUGUUUGGCCUGUCAUAAAAUGUACCCCACCCCAAAAGAUGUUUCUAUGAAUCCCACCGUCAAGCAUUUUUCAGG